CUGCCGUCCUCAGGGCGAUGCGCCCCGGAGCCCUUCGCUUGGCCGUGACCCCUGGCCCGGGCGCUCGGCACAGUGAGCCAAGGACUAUACAUGUUUUCUGCAACCUACAGAACAGACCAUGAAGUUGAAGGAACUUGAGAGGCCAGCUGUACAAGCGUGGAGCCCAGCUAGCCAGUACCCUGUGUAUCUGGCCACAGGAACAUCUGCCCAGCAACUAGAUGCUUCCUUUAGCACAAAUGCCACAUUGGAAAUAUUUGAGGUCGAUUUCAGGGACACUUCUCUGGACUUGAAACACAAAGGAAUUCUUUCUGUCUCAAGCAGGUUUCACAAGCUAAUCUGGGGAAGCUUUGGCAGUGGGCUUCUGGAAAACCCUGGGGUUAUUGCUGGUGGAGGAGACAAUGGCAUGCUUACUCUGUACAGUGUGGCCCACAUCCUUUCUUCAGAAAAGGAGCCCUUGAUUGCCCAGAGACAGAAACACACAGGGGCUGUCAGGGCCCUGGACUUUAAUCCCUUCCAGGGCAAUCUCCUGGCAUCAGGAGCCAGUGAUUCUGAAAUCUUCAUUUGGGAUUUGAACAACCUGAGUGUUCCAAUGACCCCUGGAUCCAAGUCACAGAAACCCCCAGAAGACAUCAAAGCACUGUCUUGGAACCGCCAAGUCCAGCACAUUCUGUCUUCUGCUCACCCCAGUGGCAAGGCAGUUGUGUGGGAUCUUAGGAAGAAUGAACCCAUCAUCAAAGUCAGUGACCACAGCAGCAGAAUGAACUGCUCAGGCCUGGCUUGGCACCCAGACAUAGCCACCCAAUUAGUGCUGUGCUCAGAAGAUGACCGGCUCCCAGUGAUUCAACUGUGGGACCUGCGCUUUGCCUCCUCACCCCUGAUGGUGUUGGAAAGUCACAGCAGGGGGAUCUUGUCGAUGUCAUGGAGCCAGGCUGAUGCUGAACUGCUGCUCAGCAGUGCCAAAGACAACCAGAUCUUCUGUUGGAACCUGGCGAGCAGUGAGGUGGUAUACAAGCUGCCCACACAGAACAGCUGGUGCUUUGAUGUCCAGUGGUGCCCCCAGAACCCUCCUGUGUUCUCUGCGGUCUCCUUCGAUGGCUGGAUCAGUUUGUACUCUGUGAUGGGUAGGAGUUGGGAGGACCAGCACAUGAGGCAGGCUGACAAGAUUUCCUCUUCUUCUGGCAGAGGCCAGCCUCUCCCACUGAUGCAGGUGUCUGAGCAAGUGGCCCCAGCACCAUUAUUAACACCUCCCUUGAAGAAGCCUCCCAAGUGGAUGAGAAGACCAGCAGGUGUUUCAUUUGCUUUUGGGGGAAAGCUGGUUACCUUUGGCCUUCCCAGCAUCCCUGUCCAACAGUUGCCACAGCCUUGUCCCCACCCUGUCUACAUCAGUCAAGUCGUCACAGAAUCAGAGUUCCUGACUCGGUCAGCCAUGCUGCAGGAGGCCUUGGGAUCUGGAAAUCUCCUUAAUUAUUGUCAGAGCAAGAUUCAGCAAGCUUCACUGCCAUGUGAAAAGAUGUUCUGGCAGUUCCUGAAGGUGACCUUCGAGCAUGACUCUAGGCUGCAGUUCCUCAGGCUGUUAGGCUUCAGCAAAGAUGAGCUUCGGAAGAAGGUGGACACAUGCUUGAAGAAUGACUUGAAGUUAGGGGGAAGCCCUCAGCUUGAAGCAGUUGACCUCAAAAGGGACAGACCACACACCUUCUGCCACCAGGCCUCCAAACACACCACUGAGGAAGCCUCUGCAUCCUCAGCAUUCUUUGAUGAGCUACCUCCUCAGAACAUGACUCCAUGGGAGAUUCCCACCACAGAAGACACUGAUGGACUCCUGAGCCAGGCUCUGCUCCUUGGGGAACUGCGGCCUGCUGUGGAGCUGUGUGUGCAGGAAGAACGCUUUGCUGAUGCCAUCAUCCUGGCCCAGGCUGGGGGAGCAGAGCUGCUGAAGUGGACACAAGAACACUACUUGGCCAAGAGGAGAACCAAAAUCUCUCCGCUUCUAGCCUGUGUUAUAAAGAAGGAUUGGAAAGACCUCGUAUGUGCCUGUAGCCUGAAGAACUGGAGAGAAGCGCUGGCCUUGCUACUGACAUAUUCAGGGUCAGAGAAAUUCCCUGAGCUAUGUGACAUGCUGGGAACUCGAAUGGAGCAGGAGGGAGGCAGGGCACUCACCUCUGAAGCCAGACUCUGCUACGUGUGCUCGGGGAGCGUGGAGCAGCUGGUAGAGAGCUGGACAAAAUCCCUCCAAAAAGCCUCAUGCCCCAUGGCUCUGCAGGACCUGAUGGAGAAGGUGAUGGUCCUUCGCAGGAGCUUGGAGCUACUGCAGGGUUCUGACAAGAUGAACCUAGGUCCUGCCACAGCCUACAGGCUCACCCAGUACGCCAGUCUCCUGGCAGCCCAGGGCAGCCUAGCCAUUGCCAUGAGCUUCCUACCCGGUGAUUGCAUCCAGCCAGCAGUUCAGCAGCUGAGAGAUCGACUUUUUCAUGCCCAAGGCUCUGCUGUCGUUGGCCAGCAGGCUCCCGCUUUCCCUUUUCCCCGGGUUGCUGUAGGAGCUACUCUCCACCCAAAAGCGAUAUCACCAUAUAGAAUGGGAUCCCAGCCUCCUCACCAGGUCCCAGCUCCAUCUGCAAGGCCAAGGGCCACAGCUCAGCCGUCAUUAGUGACACCCUUCACACCCUCCCACCUCAGCCCUUCUCAGGGCUCACAGACACAGUCUGCAAGAGACUACAGGGUACCUGGGCCCCAGGCAACCCUGCCUCUGCGUUUUGGCCCUGGAGUAAGGCCUGCCUUACCUCAGCCACAGCUGUUAGGAGGACAAAAUGCUCAGGCUGCAAACCCGGUUGGAUUCUCUGAAACAUGGCCUCUUCCUGGUGCCCCCCCACUCAUGGCAAACCCAGACACCAUGCAGCCUGGCUCUAGUCCCCUGCCUGAGACUCCUAGACUACUCCCUCUGCCUCCAAUGGGACUGCCAGGUCCCAGCCCUCUGAGUUCCCUGCCCUCAGCCUCUCCUGUCAGUUUUCCUGUGGCUUACCCUCCUGGAGGGACAGGGGCUCGGUGCUCCAGUACCCCCCUGAGCACUGGCACCUUGACUCCUCAUCCAGGAUCUCAGGAUGCCUGGCGAGUUGCUCCAGCCACCCAGGAAAGCCUCCCGAGGAGAAAGUUGCCAGAGACAUUUAUGCCUCCAGCACCGAUUACAGUUCCGGUUAUGUGCCUUGGCCCUGAGCCACGACAGGCCCUGCUGCCACAGCCCCAGGUCUCCAGUGUGAGCUGGUCUCCUCCCGGAGCCCCAAGAGAACGCAGCCUGCAGCUCCAGCAACUGCCUCCUGAGAAGAAGGAGCUGCCCGCAGAACAUCAGUGCUUGAAGGACAGCUUUGAGGCACUUCUUCAGCGCUGUUCCCUGUCUGCCACUGACCUGAAAACAAAAAGGAAGCUGGACGAGGCAACCCAGCGUCUAGAAUGUCUAUAUGAAAAGCUCUGUGAGGGGACACUCUCACCGCAUGUCCUGGCUGGACUCCACGAAGUUGCCCGAUGCGUGGAUGAAGGCAGCUUUGAGCAGGGUCUUGCAGUGCAUGCCCAGGUGGCGGCCUGCAGCAGCUUCAGCGAGGUAUCCAGCUUCAUGCCUGUCCUGAAGGCUGUCCUCACCAUCGCACACAAGCUGCAGGGCUAAGCCAGGCAGCAGAAAGGGGGAGUUUUUCAACAGAUUGUUUGUUUCUCCCAAUCUUCUCCCCUUGCUGCCAGGUAUGUGACGCUGGGGGCUUGGUUCCACGCCAGCUGAGUGCCUGUUUCUUACCCCUUCAUGCCUGCCCACCUGGCCUUACCCAGGGUGCUUUCUGAGGUAAAGCACAGAGUGAGCUCUUGCUUUCCCUAAUGUGGCAGUCCAGUGGGGUCUGCACCAGGACGGCUUACACAGGGUUAUCCUAUUCGGAUGGCUUCUGAAGAGAGUAAACAGUGUCCUUCGUUCAGUCUGCCUCUGCCAUGACCUAUCUAUCCUAUAGGUCUUUUAUUCUUUCGCUUCUGGAGUUUGAGUCCAACUGCACUUUCCCUCUGCCUCUGUCUUCAUAUUUUCAGGUCCAUAUUUAUUGUAGCCCCAGGGAUUUGGAGAGAAUUGGUUGAUGUUCACUUUUUCAACAAGUCAUGGACAUGAGAAUUGGGUGUGGGUGUUGAGUAAAAUCAAGAGAGGAAACUGGCCCUUUAAAAAUGGAACUUUGUCUCAUGUAUUAGUAUCCCUCAGGGUGGGCUGUGUUAGUGGCAAGUGAAAGAGGCGAAGUGCCCUCUGUUUAGGCUAUGAAGGAGAGGCCUGCGGAACAGCAGUUCUCACCCUGUGGGUCACGACCCCUUUGGGGGUCGAAUGACUCUUUCACAGGGACUGUCUAAGACCAUGGGAAAACACGUAUUUAUAUUACAACCCACUACAGUAGCAAAAUUACAGUUAUGAAGUAGCAAUGAAAUAAUUCCAUGGUGGGGGGUCACACUGAGGAACUGUAUUAAGGGGCACAGCAUUAGGAAGGUUGGGAUCCUGCUGUAGAGAAUGACCUUUGACACUACCUAGGCUUGAGCCUGGCCUACAUGCUGCCUUAAACCAUCCAGUCUGUGAUUUUUAAGCCCGAUUCUGGAAUCAGAGCUGGGCUUCUCAAAGGAUCCAGAGCCCUUCUUCCCUUCAGCUACCUUCUGUCUCCAAUCUGCCUUCUCUGUCACACUUUCAUGCUGACCUCUUCAACAGUGCAAUAAAGCCAUCUGCUUUCCAAAGUUGUUUCCCAAUCCUUGUCUCCUCUGGAUCCUACUUAGCCGCUGCUUCCCAUUCAAGAGCAGAGGCCUUGCUUCCUGUACUAUAUAGGAAGGCAGGAGAGAGGUCUGGGGAGAGAUAAGUACUAAAAUAUUGAGGAAAAUAACUAUAAAAAUUAUGUGUAUGAGUGUUUACCCUGCAUGUAUAUCUGUGUACUAUGUUUAGUACUGAUGCCUACAAAGGCUGGAAGCAGGCACCUAAUGGGUGCCGGCAAUUGAACCCAUGUCCUUUGGAAGAGCAGCCAUCUCUUCAGCCCAAGAAAAUAAAUUUUUUAAGUGUA